AUGGGAUACGUGAUUGGAAACAUCUAUGUCAUCACCACGGUGGCCGUCAUUGGCGGUGCACUGUUCGGUUUCGACAUUGCCUCGAUGUCUGCUAUCCUCGGCACCCAGCAGUACAAAUGCUUCUUCAACCAGACCGGUAUAACUGAUGGAGCGUGUGGUGGUCCAACCUCUGCCAACCAGGGUGGCAUCUCGGCCUCUAUGCCUGGUGGCUCCUUUAUCGGUGCUCUCAUCUCCGGUAUCCUGACCGAUUGGCUGGGUCGAAAGCGUGCCAUUCAGGUCGGCUCCCUCAUCUGGUGUAUCGGAAGUGCCAUCGUCUGCUCUUCUUUCGGUAUUCCCCAGCUCGUCGUCGGCCGCUUCAUCAACGGUAUCUCCGUCGGUAUUCUCAGUGCCCAGGUCCCCGUGUAUGUCGCCGAGCUAGCUCAGCCCAGUAAGCGAGGUACCGUCGUCGGUGCCCAGCAGUGGGCCAUCACCUGGGGUAUCCUGAUCAUGUUCUACGUCUCCUAUGGCUGCAGCUUCAUGACGGGCAAUGCUGCCUGGAGGACUCCCUGGGGUCUGCAGAUGCUCCCUGCCAUCUUCCUCUUCGGAAUGGUGUUCCUGCUACCCGAAUCGCCUCGUUGGUUGGCCAAGCAUGACCGCUGGGAGGAGGCCCACGAGGUCCUGGCUCUCGUUCACUCCAAGGGGGAUCGCAACGCACCCUUCGUCAAGACCGAGUUGCAGGAGAUUCGCGAGAUGGUCGAGUUUGAGCGCCAGAAUGCGGAUGCCUCGUACCUCGAUCUCUUCAAGCCCCACAUGAUCUAUCGGACCCAUAUCGGCAUGUUCACCCAGAUCUGGUCCCAGCUAACCGGCAUGAACGUCAUGAUGCUCUACAUCACCUACGUAUUUGGUAUGGCCGGGCUGUCGGGAAAUGCCAAUCUCGUCGCCUCUUCCAUUCAGUACGUUAUCAACGUCGUGAUGACGAUCUUUGCCCUGAUCUUUAUCGAUCGCUGGGGUCGCCGUACUCCCAUGCUGGUCGGAUCGACUCUUAUGAUGAUCUUCAUGUUCGCCAAUGGCGGCAUCAUGGCAUCCUACGGUAAGCCGGCCCCACCGGGCGGCCUGAAUCACACUCCCGAACAAUCCUGGGAUCUGUCAGAGGCCCCUAUGGCCGCCAAGGGAGUCAUCGCAUGCACGUACUUGUUCGUGGCUAGCUACGCACCCACGUGGGGUCCCGUCAGCUGGAUCUACCCGCCCGAGCUAUAUCCCCUCCGCCUGCGUGGCAAAGCCGUGGCAGUGGCGACCGCAUCUAACUGGAUCUUUAACUUUGCUCUGUCCUACUUCGUUCCUCCGGCCUUUGAGAACAUCCAGUGGAAGACUUAUCUGGUCUUCGGCGUCUUUUGCUUCGCCAUGACCGUGCACGUAUUCUUCUGUUUCCCCGAGACCGCGGGUAAGACCCUGGAGGACGUCGAGACCAUGUUCAACACCCCAGGACUCAAGCCCUGGAAGACCAAGGUCGAAUUCCAGCAUGUGCGAAAGCUGGAACAAGGCGACAUUCAGUCGAACAAGCUGGCCGAUCUACACGCGGAGGAAGGGACCGCGCCGGUGUCCAAGUCUGUCGAAAAAGAGACUACUGUGACUCAGGUCGAAUAG